GUAAUAUUUCAAUUUUUAUUAAUUUUUUCGUUUUGAAGUGUGUUGGAUCUUAUGUUUUUUGUUUUUUUUUUUUUAAAUUUGAAAGGGGUUGGUUUUGAAUCAUUUGAUUGUGUUAACAUGAAGUUGCAAGAGGUGGACAUAGUGCAUUAGUUAUAGGUUUUUUCGUAUUAGUAACUUUGGUUCAAACUCUGUAUUUUUUGUUAUAACUAAACUAGAAUUUUCAAGUCAUAAAGUUCAAAUCUUGGAUCCGAUAACUAAAUUAGAAUCUUGAACUCGUAAAGUUUAAAUCUUGGAUCCGACUUUUGUGAAGUAGGACGUUGUUUACUUACUUAUAUGGUAUUUGUUUAGUAUGAAUUAUAUCAUGAAGCAGUAGUGUAUAUGGUCUUACUGUAUGAAAUUCUGUUUGAUUUAGAUCAAGAACUGAAAAUUCAAUUGUUGGUUUUGGAAUUUGAGGCUUCUUUUGAUUCGGGGGUCUGUCAGAAACAGUCUCUCUACGUCCUAAUCUUCGUAGCGCUCACUUGUGAGAUUAUGUUGGAUAUUGUUGGUAUAUGGAGUCUGAAAAUGGAGUUCCAGUAGAGGUGGAAAAGAUUGUUGUGGCUGAGGAAGAAAAUGUGGAUUUAAAGAACAUUAGUGAGAAGGCGGAUGAGACGCCAAAUUCAUCUGUAGCCAAAGAAGAAUUGUCUGUUGAGGAUGUUCCGAAAAGUAGAGCAUCGAAUCAACACAAGGUAUCAGUUGGUGGUGCUAAAAAGAACAACAAAAUGGCUAAGGAUCAAGCAAAUUCAACAGGCACGUCUUCAUUGACUCGUUCGAAAAAGGGAAGUAUGGCGAAAAGUCUUUCAUUCCCUACAAGAGGCGCCAAUGCAGACAUGACAAGGAAGAGCAUUGAUGCUUGUACAAAGAAAUCGGAUUUUAAACCUUGGAUACCAAAUGGGGUGACACAUGACGCUUCACAUUCGAAUGGAACAGUCUCGUCAGCUUCUCGUUUAAAUCCGUCUACUAAGAGUACAUCUGCUGGAGUUGUGAAGAGUUCAAGUCCAAAUGGAAGUGCUACAACAAGCAGAAGGACAACUACAGGAUCUAUCCCGAGCCUUCGUCAAUCGCUGUCCGGGAAGUCUGCUUCAGCCGGUAGAAUUGUAAAGAAAGCGACUUCUGAACAAUUAAACGAUGAAAAGAUUACACCUACUAAAGCUACAUCACCUCUUAAAGACGAUGAUGAUGCUCGUUCUGCUACUUCCUCCAAUGCAACUCGUACCAGUGCUGGAUUUUCCUUCAGAUUGGAAGAACGUGCUGAAAAGCGAAAGGAGUUCUUGGCAAAGGUGGAAGAGAGGAUACAGGCCCGAGAAGAGGAAAAGAGUAACUUGCUAGCCAAAUCUAAGGAAAACCAAGAGGCAGAGGUAAAGCAGUUUAGGAAGAGCUUGACAUUUAAAGCUACACCGAUGCCUUGCUUCUACAAGGAGCCCCCUCCUACAGUUGAACUGAAGAAGAUACCAACAACACGCGCCAUAUCUCCUAAGCUUGGAAGAACUAAGAACUCCACAUCCAUGACUAAUAGCUCCGAAAGUGGAGGGUCAUGUUUCAGUCCGAGAGUGAUCAAGGAACAACGUAAGUCACUCGUAUCCAAUAAAGAUAACGUUGCAUCAAAAGGGAAGCCAGUUAAGACUUCACAGACAACAGCUCAAUCUCCAAAAACCUCGAUCACUAAAGCGAAACCUGCUGAAACAAAAUCCAGACUUGCUGAAGCAGCAAAGAUUUCGGAUGAGAAAACAGAACGAAAUGAAAUCCAACCUGAGUCUGAAAUGAAUCGUGUAGAAGACAAUGUGGCACGUCCAUCAAAUCCAAUCGUUGUGCAAGCUGAAGUCAGCGUUGAAGGUUAAUGAACUUACUGAACUUGUCUUUUUUCUGUAUUUAUUAUUUAUAGGCCUUUUUUCGUUCUGUGAAAGCGUUUUUGCUGCUUUGUUGAGUUGUGAAUAUGUUGUGUAUGUUGCUGUUAUGUUACAAGUUGUACAUGUUGGUUAUUCUCAGUUUCUUCAUUCUUUUCGAACAUCUCAGUACCAUCGUGUAAUCAUUCUCGAAAAACAUCUUCAUUGUUCUCAAGUCAGAUUCAACAUUCUGGUUUUCUUCAAAUGUAUCAUUCUGAACUUGUAUUCUGGUUUUGUUGAGUUCAUAUACCUACUUCCA